CCCCACCCUACUAUAUUAUUUAACUCUCCCGUUUAUCAUCCAGUAGAAUUUAGACGUAGAAAUCGUGUGGUAAAAUCGAAUGACAAUGUCUUCUGCCUGCUUGGUUGUUGUGCUCUGUUUAAUUGGCUUUCACUGCUCGGGGUCGUUGAGUUAUGAUCCGGACCAACUUUAUCCAGACAUUGCUGUUGCCAACAUCUCUGAAUAUUUUUCGAACAACAACGAAACUACCAUUGAUUAUAACUAUGAUGGGGAAUGCGGGACAAACUUGACAGCAAGAUCUUAUGCCCAAGCGUUUUAUUCCCCUGAUUGGCCCCUUGGUUACAGCAAAGGUUUGAGGUGUGAAUGGAGCAUUAAUGCAGAACCUGGAGAAAGAGUUGAAUUAACCUUUGAAUAUUACAACAUGGAACUGUGCUGUGACCAUAUUAACAUAUAUGACGGGGAUAAUAUAGAACAAAUCAGUGGUGAAGGGACACAAUAUACACUUGUUUCAAGAUCAAGAAAUCUACGUAUUGUGCUCACUACUACAAACCAAGAUCUCGUUUAUUCUUACUUCUUCUUCAAUUCCAACCAAUCCCAAAACACUUUAUUUAGAUUCAAUGCAACCUAUAAAUCUAUCAAUGCAACUUCACUGGACAUAACAACAACACCAAUAACAACAACAACAGCAACAAUAGCAACAAUAACGACAGUGGACGACAGUGAAGACCAAACAAUCUACCCUGACUGUGGGUGGCAUUUUGCAACAAGACAACCACAAACAAUGGACUUCUAUUAUAAUUCCUGUGAAUGGCAAAUACUAUCAAGCGUGGGAACCCAAGUUCAGUUGCAAUUACACAACUACAACAUGUCGUUGUGCUGCAGUGUUCUGCAAGUUUAUGAAGGCACCAAUUUACUGGGUGAAGUUCGAGGACAGGGAAGAGGGGUGACCUUUACUUCAACAGGCACAAACUUAACUGUGAAGUUCAAAUAUUAUCCAGAUUUUUUUAUUAUUGCCACAUACAAAGAAAUUGAUUGCUCCUGUUCAAGUGAUCAAACACCCGCACCAAUGACAACAACAGACUUAAAUGAAGCAUGGAACUACAAUGAAGAAACAACAACACCAGAACCAGUGAUAACAACAGACCAUCAAGGACCUGCAAGAGAACCGCGACCAUUAAUACCUAUUUUUACAAAUGGGAAAUGUGGCUUCCAUGUCCAAGCAAACAAGUCACGCCAGCAAAUUAAUUCACCCGGUUAUGAAUCCAACAGUUAUUCCAACAAUCUUGACUGUGAAUGGAUAAUAACAACCAACCCCAAAAAACCUGUCCGACUUGUAAUUGAGGAUUUCUCAACAGAGUCUUGCUGUGAUUAUUUACAGAUCCUAGAUGGAAAUACAGUAACAGAUACUUUGCGAGGACUUUACCCCCAUAGAUCAGUAUACACUUCUACAGAUGGGAUCUUAAAGCUUCGCUUUUAUUCUGAUGGAUCUGUAGUUAGACAAGGUUUUAUGGGAGUAUUUUAUGAGGUCCAGACUCCUUCACCAAAUGAUGACAGAGAAACUACUCAAUACAUAAAUGCUACUUGUGGGUUUAAUGCAACAGCCAGCGCCACCCCACAAACACUAAAUUCUCCUGGGUAUCCUGAAAAGUACGAGAACAACAUGUAUUGUACAUGGAGGCUUACAGCACAAGAAGGAAAGCAAGUUAAACUAACAGUGGGAAGAUUCAUUACAGAACGUGUUGAUGUUCUUUCAAUUUAUGAUGGAAAUACUUUAAUCCAAACACUAAGUGGAACUCACCUUCAAUGGCUUCAGCAUUUUUAUUCAACAACUAGGGAACUGAUUGUUGUUUUCAGAUCUAAUCCUUAUCUUACUUUCACUGGAUUUAGUGCAUCUUUUAUAGAAAUUGAUGAAUAAGGUUUCACUACACAAAACUGACAGAGGAUUAUUUUUCUUAUUUUAUCAUGUACAAAGCAUAUAAUAAAUUACUGCAUCAUAAAAAUACGUUGCAAACGAUUCGCUACGUCUAAAAUAGCUACUACUUCGCACUCGUGCAGGCUUGCUAUGUUUGAAUUUGCGGGGGAAAGUAA